UAUUCGUUUCAGCACAUAAUUAUACACCGUCUCUACCUAAAUCGUAUACUACGUAGCUAUGUGAAUCGAAUCGUUUUACACAUGACUUCGUUUAUCUUUUAUACGGUUGACGUAUAGAUGAUAUUCAUGACACAACUGCUUGAUUUUCUUUUCGUGUACUACGCGAAUAAGUCGGUGCAGCUGCUGCCAAUAUGAUUCUCCAUGCUAACGGAUGUUUUUCAUGACAACAGAUUCUUUUACCAAAUAUUAAGUUUUGGAAUGAUUGUCUCUUCUGCAUUAAUGAUUUGGAAAGGAUUGAUGGUUGUCACUGGAAGUGAAAGUCCAAUCGUUGUUGUAUUAAGUGGAAGCAUGGAACCAGCCUUUCAUCGAGGUGAUUUACUAUUUUUAACAAACUACCAUGAUGAAUCAGUAAAAGUUGGAGAAAUAGUAGUGUUCAAAGUAAAUGGCCGCGAUAUACCUAUAGUCCAUCGAGUCAUCAAACUUCAUGAAAAGGGUAUGCAAAAUAAUACAAUAAAAUUUUUAACAAAAGGUGAUAAUAAUUCUGUUGAUGAUCGAGGACUUUAUGCAAAGGAUCAGUAUUGGCUCACUAAUAAGGACGUUGUUGGUAGAGCAAGAGGAUUCCUACCAUACGUUGGAAUGGUGACAAUAUACAUGAAUGAAUAUCCUAAAUUUAAGUAUGCCAUCUUGGCAUGUCUUGGUAUUUAUGUUUUAAUUCAUCGAGAAUAA